GUUGAUGCUGGGAAGGUUUCAAGCGAUCAAAGGAAAUCAGAGAGGUAACUACCCUGAAAUGAGCAUUGGCCAGCGCAGCAGCACAGCCACAACGUCCAUCGCAGUGCUUCUCCAUGCAGUACCACUUCUACAUGCGUCUAGGUUGUGUGCUGUAUUCGCAUCAUGGGGCCUCACAUCAGGAACUUCCACAGCCUCGGCAACCGUGGCCGAGUCAAAGGCUGCACGCUGCCGCUAUAACGGCGGGGCGCAGUCGGGCCGGUCAUCUCUCACGCACAGCAAAGCCCGCGGAGCCUGCCGACGGGCUAGGGCAGCGGAGACACGGGCACUAGCGUGUGCCGCUUCAAGCAUGCCUUGCAGCCCGGUUGGGCUUGUUGAACGGGAGGGCUUUGAUCUUACAGUUGUCCUCCUUCGAUCCGGCACCCUUCCAACGUGCCAAUCGGGCCCGUAUAUGCCGGAGUCCCAACCAACCAACAACGCCACCUGCAAGAACCCCGCCGGGGCACAAACGGGUUCGUUUACUGUAAAAAGGAUUAUCGACCGACUUGUCUGGUUGGAUCUAUGCAAAAGCAAGAAGCAUACUGUUCAGCAAGCCCCGAAACGUGAAGCUGCUUCAUUGGCCCUUGUCGUCUGGACAUCGGAUUUCUACCCCCGUCUGAAGUUCUCUACCAUGCAACACUCUCUAUGCACCAUAACUCCUCGGGCCAGGUUGUUGGCAAUAAUACAAACUAGGACUUGCAACACAACAUGGGUGUAGCAUUUGUAGCCGCCCAACCACUGCCAAAAUCUACCAUGUCUAGUGAUAUACCUGGCAUCCCAUCUGAUCGAACAAUCACCUCAACCGAUGACAUGAUCCCUGACGUCGAUUCGUUUCCUCUCGCUCUCCUCUAUGCCCCUUGGACGGCGCCACACCCAGCCAGCGUUCGCGUCAAAGCCGGCUCACUUGCCGCCCU